AUGCCACAGUACAUGUAUAGUGUUGUUUUUAUUAUUGUUAUUUCGGAUGGCUCAGAUGUGGAAGCAGAAUAUGACAAUCUUUAUGAGAAUAAAGCCGAAGAAUUCCUGGAUGUAUUAGUGGAUAUACUGAUCGAUUUACCUGUUAAUGACUCCACCGAAGCGAUCCAUAUCGAGGCAUUGAAGUGUAUCAUAGCUCUCCUAAGCUCUCAGCUUUAUUACGACAGUGUUCUGAAAUCAAACAUUUUUUAUGGUUAUCUGAUGCAGGGCCGAAGGUAUGCUCACAUCAAUGUCUUUGAGUAUGAGUGA